UGAAGAGUUUUUGCUACCGUGUGUUAGUUUCUCAGAGAAGUAUAUUCCCUCUUAAGGGGAUGCCAUGUGGCAAAGCGAGCAAAGAGAGUAGUAAGUGCUUUGUACACGUGACUAUUGCUGCACCCAGGAUUUUCUUUCUAGGACCAGCUCAAUUUAGCUGGAGCGCGACGUGUCUGGAGACACCGCCCCUUACUUGGCCAGGGCACAGCAAGCGGGCAGACGGGAUUCUCAGAAAAGCAGCUCGUCAAAGCCGCCGCACGCUCCUCCCAGCCUCCUCCUGCUUCGCCGAUAAGGAAUGGCUGGCUCUGCCGGUGCAGCGAGGGCGCACGGUCUCAGGGCUGACGCAGGGCUAAAAUAGAAGCGCCUCAUUCCUUCAAUGCUGUGGAAACCCAGCCCUCCUCUGCUCCGGGCUCAGGAUGUGGAAGACCAAGUGGAAACACUAGCGAUGCAUCCAGUCCUAAAGGCCUUUGUGUGUGGUUCCAUCAGUGGGACUUGCUCCACACUCCUCUUCCAACCCCUUGACCUGCUGAAAACCCGCCUGCAAACUCUGCAGCCUGCUGUAAAUGGGUCCAGUCGUGCUGGGAUGGUAACACUGCUCUUCAGGGUUGUUCGUACUGAAAGUCUUCUGGGGCUCUGGAAAGGUGUCUCUCCAUCCUUUGCAAGAUGUAUUCCUGGGGUUGGAAUUUACUUCAGCACUUUGUACAUGAUGAAGCAAAAGUUUCUAGUGGACCGUUCACCCACAGCCCUGGAGUCUGUCUUUCUGGGUGCCACUGCACGUGCAGUUUCUGGGAUUUGCAUGUUGCCAGUGACUGUAGUGAAAACCCGAUAUGAGAGUGGAAGAUUUGGCUAUGGGAGUGUAUAUGGAGCUCUGAAGAAUAUCUACCAGACAGAAGGGCCUCGUGGCAUGUUCAGCGGGCUCACCGCAACGCUGCUGCGGGAUGCGCCCUUCUCUGGCAUCUACCUGAUGUUCUACACACAGACCAAAAAACUCACACCUCAGGACCAGCUGGAUCCAGUGCUCAUGCCCUUGCUGAAUUUUGGUUGUGGGAUCUUUGCGGGAAUCUUGGCCUCGCUGGUAACGCAGCCUGCUGAUGUCAUCAAAACACACAUGCAGCUGUCCCCCCAGAAGUACUGCAGGACAAGUCAGGCCAUUGCUUUCAUCUACAAGGAUUUUGGGCUGGUUGGCUUUUUCCGAGGUGGUGUGCCACGUGCCCUCAGGCGGACUCUGAUGGCAGCAAUGGCAUGGACCGUGUAUGAACAGAUGAUGGAAAAGAUGGGCUUGAAAUCUUGACUGACUUGCACGAGAAAUGGCCAGCUUCGCUCCUCCUUGCUGUGAUCAACUGGCACUACGAAGUUCCCAGUUCCUCAGAGGAAUAAGCCUUGCUCAGUCAGGAGGAAGACAGUCUUCUGAGACAGGAGAUUGGGCCUUUUGGCAAGUAGAGGAAAGAAGGAUCUGAUCUUUGCGUCAUUUGAUCAGUGCAUUCUAGAGACUGCACUUGCAGACUGCCAUGGGAAGUGGCAGGGUUUCCACAGCCUUGUAACAGUGCUGAGAGAAAGCCCCUUUUAAAAAUAGCUCUGUGCUUGCCACCUUUAUGCAGUGAGACGUUGCUGAGCAAAAAUGUUUGAGGAGAAAACAGUGAUUGCCGAACCUGCCAGCCUGUUCCUUGCUGGUCUGGCCAGUAAGGCCACAGUGACCCACAGUCAGAUGUAGAUCCUCCAUCCUUACAUGCUUUGUUCUCACAGGGGAACAUUGCAGAGCAUGGUGGGAGACCUGAGGUGUCUCUUAAUGCUUAUAUUGCGGGAGUAGGUGGAAGAGAAAUGAAGUGCUGAAGGAAGGGUGGGAACAUGGUCUCUUGUCAUCACUUUUGUACUAUGCAUGAUAGCAGAGAAGGUAACUGGAACCUCCUUGCUGUGUCAUGUGUUAUUACGUAAUUGAGCAUCUUAAUACUCUUGAAAUGUGCAUCUGCCUCUACAGCAGUGUUUGCACAGGAUUUAAGAAGCAUAAGGCACUUUAGAGCUGAUUGUUACCAAAGUUCUACUUGUUCUCUAAAAAACAUUUUUCCUGCUGGUCUGACUAUCAGGAACACUCAAGUAUUUUUUUUUAUCCAGUUGUACUAGAGACUUGCUUCCUAUUACUCAUUUGUUAAUCCCUGAUCAACACCCUCAGUGUGAGCUGGUUCUUAGAUGUACCUUUUAGGGUCAUAGUUCAUAAUGCAUAGAUGUAUAAUGGAAGCAGAUGUAGAUAAUGACACUUCAGACUUCCCUUAAAAGCUGCUGCUGAUUGUGUGUGGAGUAUCUUUGGGUUUGGAAAGAAAAAGCUGCUCUUUUCUGUCAACUUUCUGCAAAGUUUGAUACCUAUGAGUGUUUAGUAGGGAACUUUAAUUCUCUUCAGGGUCCACACAGACCCUUCACAGUUUCCCAGCUGAUAGUUUUCUCUUAGCAGGUAGUUCAUAUUUCCGUAUUCCUGAGUUUAGGCGUAGAGAUAAAUACACUUUUUUAUCAACUGUGCCUUCUUCCUCAUUCCUACUUUGUUACACAGACCUUGUAGCAUGUGCUGUCCAGACUUGGGUACAGCCUGCUCCCCUCUUCACUUGUGCCUCUGUGCUGACUGGCUGGUUUGGGACUCUUGCAGCUCUGUUGGCAUUGCCACAAAGCUUGGCAUGGCAGUGUGCACCCUGUUUUGUAGCGUGCCUUGCAGAAAAUGUAAUUUUUGGCUUUUAUUUUCUUAAGUAUCUACAGAUACUACAAUCCACUUUAGGAACAGAGCAGAUGUCUCUAAAUAUGAAGACGUGACACUGUAUCUGUAUGAACAAUCAGUACUACCUACCCAUUGUUUGUAAAAUUUAGAGCAUAAUUUGCGCAAUCACUCCUGCCCUGGCAACCUCCUGAGCACAAGAGUAGAGGGGUCGUCGGUUGUAAAAGAUGUUCUUCACCAGAUUCCAACUCCAAGAGGGUUUGAUGACAGAUGUGAAAGUUAAGUCUGAGUAAAGUGUAAGGGGAGGGGCUGGAGGCUUCAAGGUGCUGCCUGCUUUUAGCCUCAGCCCAUCUGCGCGGGGAGACUGGUGCCACGCAGUGCAAGAGUCUCCAUGGAUGGUGGCGGGGGGUCCCGUGUGCACAUGUCUGCAGAUGUUAACGGUAGAGCACCGCAUAAAAUCAUUCCACGUUGUGACUGACAAGCUGUCACAUUCCCUCUGCUGCUUCUCACUGUCAGGCAUGUGAGCACAUAAUUUGCCAAAUCCUAAAUAUGAAGAACUGUUCCUUUCUUUUGCUGUCCUUGCUACCCUUAGUGACCCGGACUUGUGAGAGUGCAUGAAACAGUGGUAACUGCACAUCCUGCAGUGUGUUACCCUGAGCACUACUGGCACAGAGAGCUGGAGAACUAAGUCUAGGGUUGCUGACAUGGCAGAGUAAGGUGGGAAUUACAUCAAUUACCUUGUUUGUCUUUUAUUCCUCUAUGCGUAGGAUCAAACCAAUGUAUUGUACUGGAAGCCUGAAUUUAUUUGGGGCUUUCUUAAUCUGGUGUGUGAGGUGGAUCUGUUGAUCAUCCUGGGCAGUGGCAGUCCGGGGCUGUGUAUGGUGUCACCUGCAAGGUGUUUCACGAAUACUUUGGUUCCUGAUUUAGCAAUGGCAAAGCAGUGUGCAACUUGUGCAGACAGAAACUUAGGCUCUUAAAAAUGAGAAGAAUGCCAGGUAAUAAAUUUUGAAUUAAGCAAUGUCCUCAUCAGAAACCUGAAAUGCAGGAGCUCUUCAGUGGUUUUUAUGCCCUAUACUCCUGCCUGGUCAAGUAACAAAGGAAUUACUAGAGAAUUUAUUCCAGUAUGCUGGUAUUUUAAAAUCUACAGAUUUUAUUUUUUUUUAAAUUAAGUCUGGAUUCAGUCUUAAAGCAGUUAGCUUUUCCUUUGGGAAAGUUCUUCCAUUCUCCUUACUUUGUGGAGAAUGAGGAGGCUCUUUGUUGUCACAGUAGAGUGAAAAGAUACAUGCUUUUGACUUGUAAAUUAGCCUGGGCUUCUUUAAGAAACAGAGAAUCUAAAUUGCACUGUUUCAUCAACUUUUGGUGCUGCAAAUCCAAAAACUUCUUUACACGUGAGCUGGGGAGAGGGAGUUUUGCAGUGCAAGUUUGUUGUUUGUUUUUCUUUAUUAUUUCUUAUGUCAGGUCUCAUAUAUGGGGGAAGGGAAAGCCUGAAGAUCUGUUUCUUCUGGAAGCUGUGUCGCACAGGCAGGCACAAGACUGUUUCUCAGCUCUGAGCCUUACCAUCCUUCACGCUUUUACCCUCUUCAAAAACAUUCUGUUUCUAAAGUGAUUUAUCGAAGUUAUUCUUGAUAGCUAUAGCAAGUCCAGAAAAACAAAUGUUUGGACAUUUUAGAUACAUUGCCCUUGAGGUUGUAUGCUUCUAAUGAACAACAAAUGGUCAUUGUACAACCUAAAUGCAAAGCAAAUCAAAUAAAAGAUCCAGCACAGGUGCUUAAUCACCUACCUGCACCAUGCCAGCAAUUCCAACACUAACAAUCCUGUUAGAUAAUAAUUUCCAAAGCCAUCUUAGCUUGGAUUCCAGAGAACGUGGUCCGAUCCCUUAUACAGCAGGAUCGCAGUCGGAUUCCUCUUGGAAUGACCUCUGUUGCUGACAAUACACUGUCAGUGAAUGUGCAUUGUCUCUGCUUGCCCCUGCAGCUGUGAUGUAUGAACACAACUGGUUAACAUGUUGAGGCAGUCAGUAUUUAAGUGAGUUUUAAGGACACAAGAGAAAUUGUCUGAUUAUUUGUUUUAGAAACUUCACGUUUCCUUUCUUCCUGUGCUGAUGAUGUUUUUUUUUUUUUUCUUGCACUGUUUAAACAGAACUGGAGCUUUGGAACAUUGGAUAGGUUUGAGUAUUUUGAGCGUUUAUGUGUCUAUAUAAAAUAUUUAUGUGAGAUGUAUUAUAUGUUUCUAUUAAAAACUGGUUG